ACAUUCCCGAGCUGGAGGCAGCGGCUGAUGGAUGUGGCGCAGGAUGCUGCAGCGGAGUCCGGAGAGCGGACCGGGGGGAGCGGAGCCGAGGAGGAGCGAGAGACCGGGAGGUCCGGGGAGGAGGAGGCCGGAGAGCCGCCCGCGGAUGGUGGGAUCCUUGAAGAGGCGGUGAUGGCGUUAUCCUCUGCAGAGGAGAAGAAGAAUGGAGAAUGUCAGGAUAAUGAUGGGGCGAAUUCAGACAUGGAGGUCACCAGCCUGGAUCCUGCCAAAACGGGUCCUGAUGCAGGAAAGAACGAAAAACCAUCAGAACCAGCCAAGAGUUCCCUGGACAAGGAAUUGGAAGCCCUCCUGUCUGGCUGCACUGACCCUCCUCCUCUGGAUGUCCUCAUGAUCCAGUCAGAGCACGCCGGCAUGGUGGACUUGGUGAAGGUAGAAGAGAAUACAGAUGAACCCGUUGUGACAGAUAAGAAAGCUCCUCCCCCACCACUGAGACCACCCACCACCUGGACCAGUGCCAACAUACGAGAAUUCAAGCACCGAAUGGCCAGUGAGAAGCAUGGAAUGCUGACUGUGCGGAGAGGGGAAGUGAUGACCGUUCGGGUUCCCACGCACCCCGACGGGAAGCGGCUCUGCUGGGAGUUUGCCACUGACGAUUAUGACAUUGGCUUUGGAAUCUAUUUUGAUUGGACACCAGUGACCAGCACAGCGGUGACCAUACAAGUCAGCGACUCCAGUGAUGAUGAGGAAGAGGAGGAGACUGAGAGCCCCUGUAAGUCAGGGCACAGCCGGGAGGGAGACGUAGAGCGAGGAUCUGUGUACCGCCUGCGUAGCCGCUAUGGGGAGAUCAUGCAGGUGUUUCGCAGGGACAGUCACCGCGAGGUGCAAGCUGGAAGCCACGACUAUCCUGGAGAAGGCGUUUAUCUGCUCAAACUGGACAAUUCCUACUCCCUGCUGCGCAACAAGAUGCUCUACUUCCACGUCUACUACAGCAGCUGA